UAUUAGCCAGGUCCCACCAAAUAAAGGGUUUACAGAAAAAGCUGGUCUUGCCGGGGUCAGGCUACCAGGCCAGGAGUCAAGGUGGGUUCAAAGAAGCUUCAAAGAUGGAACACUCCCAACUAUAUGAGUACAAAGGAGUAAUCUUUUACUCUCGGAUGAUAACAAAAGAUUCGCUGGACAUCAUGCCUGAUUAUACCAUACGUGAUGAUGAUAUCGCCAUUGUGACUUAUCCCAAAGCAGGGACUCACUGGAUUGUGGAGAUUGUCAACAAGCUAUUGAAAGCUGCUGGGAGGACAGAUGUUGACACACAAGACAUACCGUUAUGCAUGGAAGCAACGUUACCAGGAUUCAGCCAGCCAGGUCAUGUGAUCCUGAAGGACCAACCGUCACCAAGGAUCGUCCACACACACCUUCCACGGCAUCUGGCCCCCAAAAUGAUCUCCAAUCCAAUGGGGAAGGUGAAAGUCAUAGUCGUGAUGCGGAACCCAAAAGACACAGCGCUGUCCCGGUAUCAUUACGUACCCAAGCUUCAGGCCUUGUUUGGUGUACAAGCUGACACAUCAUGGGACAAACAUGCAAAGGAUUUCUUGGAUGGGAAAAUUGUUUUUGGUGACUUCUAUGACCAUGUGCUUGGUUGGUGGAAGAUGCAGGAGGACCCCCAUUUCCUGUUUCUGAAAUAUGAAGAUAUGAGGAAGGACUUGCUAAAAGCCAUCACAAAGACAAAGGAAUUCUUGGGCAUCAGUUUGGAUGACGUCACCACUGCAAGUAUCGCUGAGUCCUGUACCUUCGCCAGUCUGACAACUGCUUGGGCUGAUUCGCGGAACAAGAUACAACGCAUCAUAGGCAGGAAAGGUGUCAUUGGUGACUGGAAGAAGCAAUUUACAGAGUCUCAAAGCAAGGCCUAUGAUGCCAAGUACAGGGAGAGACUAGAGGGAACAGGUCUGCAGUUUGACUUUGAGUAAACAGCAAAGAAAUAAGUCACUGUGGAUUACAUCUACUAGGCCACGAUGACUUAAUUGUAUGGAUGACAUCUACGCUCGUCAAUUUUCGACUGUUACCAAAAAAAUUUAACCCAUACUGUUCAUUGUACAAAACAGCUUAAAAAUGAAGAAAAAGAUGCUGUAGCUUGCAAAAAUAAUAUCAGAAAACGUUACUAAUGUCAUAGAUAGCCAACAUCAAGGUAAAAAAAGAUAGAAUGCCUACGUCAAGAUAAAAAAAGAUGGGAAAAAACAAAGAUGCUAAAGUACAAAAAUUAAUAAUCUAUUGUUUGGUAAUACCAUGAUAUUCUGUAUGUUCAGUAAUUUAUUCAACGUUAACAAUCACUUAGAUUUCAUGAUGAAGGCAGUUUUGUUUUAUUCGCACGCCCGCAUCAGUUUGGGGUCUCCAGAGGAUGUCAUCCAUAUAAUCAAAUCAACAUGGCCUUGGGGCUUCACAAUGAUACAAGUCUGAUGCAAAAAAAGCUAUUCUUUUUGCUAAAGGCAUACA